AUGUUCGAAAUCACUCUCUUUCAUCUUGGCGUAGUGGUCAUUGUCGUUGCCGGUCUUUUCAAGAUAUUGCGAAUUGGCAGACGUGACCCUCGUAUGCCACCAGGACCUCCAACCUUACCAUUGCUCGGGAAUCUACACCAGGUCCCCGUCACCGGACUCUACAAGCAGUUCAAGGAGUGGAGUCUGCAGUAUGGAGGAGUUUACUCCCUCAAGUUCGGCCCUCGAAAUGUGAUUGUUGUUUGUGACAAGAAGGCCAUCCAUGAGCUCUGGGACAAGAAAGGGUUAAUAUAUGCUGAACGGCCCAAGAAUUAUGUUGCCGAUAUCAUCACUUCUGGCGACAGCAUUGUGUUUGCCCCGAACACUGUAGAGACAAAGGAGAAGCGUCGGAUCGCAACCCACAAUUUCUCGCCUAGGAUCUUAGAUGAGAGUGCUGCAAAGGUGCAAGAUGCCGAGGUCACUGUCUUGACCCAUCAGCUUUUGACGGACCCCGAGAAUUUCUACAACCAUGUCCGACGGACUACUUCAUCCAUUGCAUGUAUUUUGAUCUACGGGCAUAGAGGCCCUACAUUUGAGAACUUCUGGGGUCAUGCUGUCUACGAUGCUCUCAACUUGUUUGGAGAAGCCCUCGAGCCAGGAGCAAAUCCCCCAGUCGACGAGUACCCCAUCCUGAAGCUAGUGCCAGAGCGAUUUGCAUUCUGGAAGAGACGCGCACGGACGGCUGGAAAAGGCAUGCACGACAUUUGGACAAAAGCUCGACGCCUGGUUGACGAGCGCCGUGCUAGAGGUGACCAUCGAGUGUCUCUUGCAGACAGACUCCUCAACGAGUAUAACAACAAAGGCUUCCCCAUGUCACAACACGCCUUGGACCAGCUCUUCGGAGAGUUGGUAGAAGGGGGAGCCGAGACAACCUCGUCCUCCAUGUUGACCAUGAUUCUAGCACUGGCCAAGAAUCCAUGGGUUCAAGAGAAGGCAUACAAGCAAAUGGUUGAUGUCUGCGGAAGCGAACGGAUGCCUGAGUGGUCGGACUUUUCCCGGCUGCCCUAUGUGAACUCAAUCGUGAAGGAGGGUAUGAGAUGGCGGCCGGCUGUGGCAACCGGCCUCCCUCGCAGCACUGCCGAAGAUGAUUGGUAUGAAGGCAUGUUCAUCCCCAAGGGCUCCACUGUCUUUCUUCCUAUCUGGGCUGUCCACCACAUGGAAAGAGAAGGAUACGAUGACCCGUUCAAAUUCAAUCCCGACCGAUACAUAAAUCACCACAAGUUGGCGAAUGACUAUGCAGGGAGCGCCGACUAUAAACUGAGAGAUAAAACAGGCAAAACUAUAUCUCUUGAUCCAGAGGACUACUCGAACGGCCUCUUGCACGCACCACGUCCUUUCAAAGUUAUCUUCAAGCCAAGGAGCGAGAAGCACGUUGCAGUAAUCAAGCGCGAGUAUGAGAAGUCGUUGAAGGAUCUUGCACCAUUUGAGUGA